GCUAUAAAUCGCACAUAAAUACAACGACUACGUGUAUUAUUCAAACAGAAUGCGAUUUAAUUGUAGUUUAAAAGGCGUUUAUAUUUCCCUGCACCACUACUAGAUGUCAGUACCUGCAAAUCCCUACUUCCUAAAAACAAAGUACUUCCGGGCGAUGUACGAACUGUAUUGUUUGGUUCGUGUUUUAGUUUUUUAAAAUCUACGUAAAGUUUUGGCGUUGAAUAUAGACAAUGUCAGAAAAAGUCGAUCCUUUGUUGAUGGAGGUUAAAAGCAAGUUUGAUGCCGAGUUCAGAAGAUUUUCCAUUGACAAGAGCCGGCUGACGACAUACGAGGGCUUUCACAAGCGUGUCGAACGGCUGCACUGCCUCAAGGAGAUUCCUUUCACUGUCUGCUACACAGACCCGAUACACGGUGACUUGCUGCCAAUAAACAACGAUGAGAACUACCGCAAGGCGUUUGAACGAUCAAAGGCGCUGCUCAAACUGCUCGUGCAAAGAAAGGGUGAGGACAUGGGCAUCGUGACGGGCUACGGCAAUGUCACGCGCCGCGGCGGCAAGCUGACGUCGCUCGUCGGUGGCGCCCCCGCCGCGGUGCGCCGCCCGGCGAUCGUCAUCGGGCAGCCCGAGGAUUUUCGCCGCGUGUCGGCGAUCAUCGACGUCGACGUCGUGCCGGAGACGCACCGGCGCGUGCGCCUCAUCAAGCACGGCUCCGACAAGCCGCUCGGCUUCUACAUCCGCGACGGCAUCAGCGUGCGCGUGACGCCGCGCGGACUCGAGAAGCUGCCCGGCAUCUUCAUCUCGCGGCUCGUGCCCGGUGGGCUCGCUGAGAGCACGGGCCUGCUCGCCGUCAACGAUGAGGUACUCGAGGUGAACGGCAUCGAGGUCGCGGGCAAGACGCUCGACCAGGUGACCGACAUGAUGGUCGCCAACAGCCAGAACCUCAUCGUCACCGUGAAGCCAGUCAACCAGAAGUACAACACAGCGCCACGACGCGGCUCGCCGAGCCGCUCGUCCAACGUGUCGUCGGCGUCGUACCACUCGGCGACGAACGCGCUCGUUAGCGAUGACGAGGAUGAUGAGGACAUCGUUAAGGAGUUCAUCCCGGCAACUGCGGCCUCGGCGAACGAAGGCGACGGCAGGGCAGAGACGGCCGCAAUGGUGACGUUGUAGGAGGACGCCGUCGCCGUGGGGAUGAGUUCCGAGGAAGCAGUCACCACGGUGACGGUCUUUGGGUGAGGAGGAGGCGAUCACCCUGAUCACAGGUGUAGGGUGAGGAGGGAGUGGCCAUGCUGACUUAGGGUGAUGAAGAUGUGGAAGUUGUCUUGGUAACUUUGUAGUUCAAGAAUGAGGCAGAAGAUAGAAAUGCUGGCCACAUCAUAUAUCAGUUCCAGUCGUAGGAGAGGUGAAUCUGGGUUUUAUAACGAUGGUUUUGAUGGGUGUUUUUUUAAUUGUUCGUGAUGGGAGAUAUUUUUUAUCUGGAAUGUCCUGACAUUGGUCGCCUUUCAUGUUGGUUGUUGUUCUGCAUAACUUUGCCCUAUUGUUAAGGUACAGUGUCAGUGUAGUGAAGUGCUGUCAUCUUUUAUAUACAGAUAAUUAAUUAAAUGUGACUGUUUAGGCACGUUGCAUAGCUGAUCGAUGAGAGUCAUGCUGAGUGAAUCUGGCUUGCCACAGUGAAUGAUUCUCAUUGAAUAUUAUUUGUACAACCUCCACCUUUUGCCAAACCUCACAAGACCGUAAUGGGAGUUGUUUCUAAUAGAUUAUUCUUGUACAUGCUUUUUCAUGAGUUGCUAUCAGACUCACUGUGCUGGGCACGUUGGCUCAUACUGUAUGAGCCUAAUGAUUAUGGAGUGGCUAAGAUGUUAGUCGCACUUGUGUAGAUAUUUAGCUCGAACAUGUUAUGCCGACGGCAUGUCAACAGUUCUAUAAUGUUUGUUUUUUAAAUGGUUGUAGGAGAGACAUUGAUCCUAAGUACAUUCUAAUACACUGACUUGAGUAAAUUUAGGUGCAUCUUAGCACAUUCGAAAACACUUGAGUGAAUUCAGGUGCACCUGAGUACAUUUGAACAUACUUGAGUGAAAUCAGGUAGACCUGGGUACAUUUGAAGAUAAUUGAGUACAAGUAGGAACACCUGAGUACAUUUCAGGAAACUUGAGUGCAAUUGGGUGCCCCUGAGUAGACGUUAAGACACUUGAGAACAUUCUGAUACACCUGAGAACAUUUAAUGGCACAUGAGUAAAUCCGUGUACAUCUGAAUCCAUUCGAAGAUACGCCGGUACUUUUGUUGUGAUUCAGUUGUAACGAGUGCACGUCGCCGCGUCUUACUCCCGUCUGCACGUGAUGUUCAUCCUUGUGUCACCAAGGUGAUACAGACUCAUCGUACGUCACGCACCAGCAUCCUCACCAAGGCUUGUGUGACCGAAUCGAACAUAAUGUCGUCCGUGAUGUCUGACGUCGUCUGUGACUCAGUCCGUGAUGCCAUCUGUAACAUAAUCUGUGCUAUCGUCCAUGGUGCCCGUGACUUCGUCCACGCCAUCCGUGAUAUCUGUGAUAUCCAUGUUGUCAUCCGUGAGGUCAUCCAUGAUGCCCAUGGCAUGACAGCGUCAGUGAUGUCCGUAACAUUAUCUGUAACAUCUAGGACAUAACAUUGUCUGUAGCGUCGAUCGUGACAUCACUUGUGACAUCAUCCGUGACGUCCUUGACAUCUGUGAUGCCAUCUGUGACAUCCGUGACAUCAUCUGUGAUUUCAUCCACGGCGUCAUCUGUGACAUGAUGCAUAACGCUGUCAGUGAUGUCGUCCGUGAUGUCUUCUGUGGCACGAGUCACCAGGCGACUGCUCGUACGCAUUCACACACGGAUGCUUCAAUCAGAGCAACGGCCGCAGCAUUGCCGGCUGAGCCGAUAGUACGUUCGGCAACCAAUGUCAUCAUCCCAAUUACUAUUUGCAUUUUAAUUAUCUCCGCGUGCGAUUAAUUCUGAGCGUGAAUAAUUACCAUGCGGGAUACCUUCCCUGCUGAGCGAUCAGUGCCACACUUGGGCUUCAUUAGAGCGGCUGUUACAACAUGGGAUGGCACUGAAUGUUUAGUAACGCGCACCGAUUACGAGAAUAAUAUCACUUUUGUCGGUGUGAAUUUUAAGCAGAUCUUGUCCUGUGAGUGCAUUAGCAUGUUGCAGUGUUGCGUGGCCACCACGGGGGUUUCAGCAAGCGGGCUUCCGACGUUUUCGUACACCGUUACUCCUCAGUGCGUCUGUUGUUGCGCGGAUUCAUGCAUUCCAAAAUCUCUGUCAUUGUUGCAUAAUUUCUCGGCUACAUGCGUAUAACCAUUUCAUGUCGAUUUUUAAACUUAUGACCAACUGUGCCUAAUCUUAAACAACCGACUGAUAAGUGUGCUGGUGCGAUUAUAUUUAUAUACGUCUUGUUCAUGUUCAUGAUAUACUAGUAUAUGAUUUCACGAGAUUCGUUUCAUAAUCUUCUCAUUUCUAUUCGCAUGUAUAAUUGCGACCGAUUCUGCUUUGCCGAAGCUGUUCUGAUCUAUGGCGUUGAAUGAUAGAUUUUUGCAUGUGUUUUCACAGGUUGUUGGUGAUUUCACCCCAAUAUGCAUUUGCUAGAGAACCGUCGGACUAAGGAAGAAUCUAGUUGUCACAGCAAUCUCGGAUUCAAGGUUGCCGAAAGGGUUGAAAACCCAGUAGCAGUGGCAGCGCGUUCUGCCUUGUAUAUAAUACUCAUAGCCUCCUCCCGUGAUGCAAUCAUGAUAAAACCAGUUUCGUUUACCUAUAGCUGGGGCAUCGUCGUUGUAGCUAUUGCUAUUUUUGCAAACGAGGCCAAUUUUUAUCAGGGUCCCCAAUACAAGUGCAGUGGUUUUCUAUCGCCGCGAUGUUGUUCCUAAUGUGCAUGUGAACAGCAAUGGAUAACUCUUUAUAACCAUUGGGGAUUGCGAAAGACCUUGGAUGCGUUUUAGCUACACUGGGGAGGGGGGUGGAGAGGGGCCAGAGUGACAUGGUUAUCAAAUGACCGAUGGUUUCAUACCUACAGUUGAGGUGAUGGUACAGCAGCCGUGUGUGGAGGUCUAUGUUACUGUCAGUAGAUGUACAACAGCAAGGUGUGGAGGUCUAUGUUACUGUCAGUAGGUGUACAGCAGCCGUGUGUGGAGGUCUAUGUUACUGUCAGUAGGUGUACAGCAGCCGUGUGUGGAGGUCUAUGUUACUGUCAGUGGAUGUACAACAGCCGUGUGUGGAGGUCCAGCGGGUCUGUCCCUAGUAUAUCAGUAGCAUCAAAUUACAAGAUUAAAUCGGCGUCUUGUGUGCGAGAUGUUAAUAGAUAAUUAGUGAGUUUCUGGUAUAUACGUGUCAUAUUUAUAUAUUGUUUUUAAGUACGUGUUCUCCCCCUCCAGUGCGACCCUCGCCCCACGCUAGCAGCAUUUGUAGUUAUGUGUAUGAUUAUUAAUAAUAAUUAAAUCCUUUAUAUUCUGUAUUAUAUAUAUAUACCCAUAUAAGAGACUUUGUAACCGUCGCGACUUGAUGCAGCUCUACGUAUGCACGCGUGUAAUCGAUGUGUGGUUUUCUAUGUGGAAAUGUAGCCCUGUAAAGACAUAUACUCCUGUUUACAGCGCGGCACUAAUAAAAAGCACAUUUUCUGUGCUAUCUGGUGUCAAAUUUGUAUUAAACAUAGUAUUUUAUCAAUAAAAACUGUUAUGUAAAAAGAAAA